AUGCCUCCAAGCAAAAGUAAAGGCGGCAAAAUGCUGUCGCUCGUAAACUGGAGGCUCAAAAUCACAUUGAACGAUGGCCGUGCCCUCACUGGACAGAUGCUUGCAUUUGACAAGCAUAUGAACCUCGUUCUUGCGGAUUGCGAAGAGUUCCGGCGCGUCAAGUCCAAAAAGUCGGACCAGGGCGGCGUUGAGCAGGAAUUGAAGCGGACCCUUGGGUUGAUUAUUCUUCGAGGAGUUGUCAGUAUCAGUGUCGAAGGACCACCACCUGCUGGAGAUGAGGACAAGAACAAGAGCACGCUGCCUGCUGGACCUGGACGCGGUAUGCCCGCUGGUCGCGGAAUUGGAAUGAUGCCACCAGGUGGCAUGCCCCCUCCAGCCAUGGCCGGCCGUCCCAUGCCUUUUGGCGCACCUCCCCCUGGUAUGCCGCCUGGUAUGCCUGGCUUUGGACGAGGCUUCCCUCCCGGUAUGCCAUUCCCUCCACCCGGAUUCCAAGGUGGCCCGCCGCCAGGCUUCCAGCCUCCUCAGUAA